AGUUGGCUUAACUUCAAACCAGAAGUUAAGUUGGGGUAUCUCUACACUCGGAGAAUGCAGUCUCCCGUCGUGGCCACCAAAUUCCAUUGCACAAAAUCUGCAAUUUACCGCACUGGCCACUGCAAGAAGAGAACCACCAUCUUCCACUUCAAAUUCACACGUUCCUUUACUUUACGAAUACAAAGAUUCAACUUAGCUUGCCAUAACCGAAACCCAGAGAACCAUUUGGUCUCUCCAUGGUCUUCCACCAUUUUUCCAAGGGGCAUAAGGAAUUGCACAGAAUAUAUCAAUGUUUCAUGGAGAUGGGUUUCUCAGGUCAUCUCUUUUUACUUGUUCUGUCUAAAUCUUGUCGCUGAUGCUGAGGCAAUUGACUAUCCAUCUCCUUCUUUUGUGUAUGCUUGUGAAGAUGUUAACAAUUACUAUGCCAAUGCGGAUCAUUUAGAGGGUAAAUCACUCAAGAAAAUACUGAAUUCCAUCAUAGCCAGGCACCAAUCUUUAUCCUACAGAGAGGUGUGGAAUGCCCUCAAGCUUCUUGAUGCUUCGGAUGUUGACAACCCCAAAGCUUCGUCAGGAAUAGUUGAAAUUUACUCCUUGAGGGUUGUACCCAAGUCGUUAGCUGGAAAGCCUGAAGGAUGGAAUAGGGAGCAUCUAUGGCCUCGUUCUUAUGGGUUAAAAGAUGGUCCAUCCUUGACUGAUUUACACAACAUUCGCCCAGCAGAUGUGAAUGUCAAUUCAUCCAGGGGGAACAAAUACUACGGAGAAUGCAAUGUUAACUCAACUAAGUGUUUGAAGCCAGCAAACAAAGAAGCUGCUUUGGACACGGAAACUGACAAGGACAGAUGGGCACCACCUAAACAGCAUAGAGGAGAUAUUGCAAGGGCGCUGAUGUACAUGGCAGUAUGUUACGGGUUUCGUCAACCAGAUGGAGGCCCAGCUCUUCACCUUUCAGAUUCUCCAAAAAGUUCAGCAAUUAGUGAGAUGGGACUGCUUUCUACAUUGUUAAAGUGGAAUGAGAUUGAUCCACCUUCAAGAGAAGAGAAGUUGAGAAAUGAAAGAGUCUGCAAGUUUUAUCAGCACAAUAGAAAUCCUUUUGUUGAUCAUCCAGAAUAUGCAAGUCUCAUAUGGGAAGAACACAGUUCUCUCCAUCUUCCAAGGAUUCAUGAAAUUCACAACAAAAGACAGUUCAAGACAAGGAAACAUGAGCAGCCGAUUCUCAGUUGACAGGGUUCAAGUCUUCUAGGAAAGACACGGUGGAAUUGCUAUGACAUGCACGUAACAAUUUUGAAGUUCAUAAGCCUUGCUUUAGGGGAUGGUAGCCAGAAAGGUUUUCCAUGGCCUGUGGUGCUGCGACAUACAUGUCAAACUAUCAUUUCACUGGAUGCUAAGUUUUAGGUAGAUGGAUUGCCUGAACCACAUGAAUGCUUGCUUGUCCAUAGAAAAAAACAGGAUUGUGAAUAGGUGAAUUGAGCCUGGACAAUAUAAUUAAACAUAACCCUCUAAGUUAUGAUUUUAGUUGUACACUUGAUAUCAUGUAUUUGCAGAAUAUGUGAAACCGUAAGAAAUUUUUACGUGGACUCUCCAUUGCUGCCUGUCA